GUUUAUCCAUCAAAUUUCUGAUCUCGAUCUGAUUUGUUUUGUUUAUUCCCAAUCUUCUUUUAUUUCAAUAUUUUUUUAGUUUAUUUCAACAUUAUAAUAAUUUUUUCUCAUUAUUUGAUAUUUUAAGUAAUUACUGCAGAAAUAAAUUUCUAUGCAAUAAUGAAUAGUUGCAUACAAUGCGGAGGAAUUCCUAAAUACAAAUGUCCCACAUGUCUCCAACCUUAUUGCUCAGUAUUGUGUUGCAAAGAACAUAAAGAAAGACCUUGUUCAGCUCCAUCUAAACCUGAAGUUAAUGCUCUUAAAGAAACAAGCAUAAAUUAUGAAUUUCCUACAGAGGAUACUGUUCCACCAGAAAAAUUAGAACUGUUGAAGUCUACAGAAUUAAAAAAAUGUUUAGAAAAUCCACAUGUUAGAACAAUAUUAGAACUACUGGAUAAAUCACCCCAUCCAGAUGAAUUAAUUCAAAAAUAUAUGCAAGAACCAAUAUUUACUGAAUUUGUGGAUGCAUGCUUGAAUGUUGUAGAGCCUGAAGAGACUGUUGACAAAUUAUGACAUAAGAGUAUUGUUUUUAUAUCAGAAUAAAUCU